GCAGAUGGCGACACCAAACAGGUGAACAGGAACAAAGAAGAAAGUAGCUGCGUAAUCGAAAGCACCAAGCUCAUACACGACACUUGAAGGAAAGUUGCUUGUGGUGUCUUCAAUAACUCAAGAAAUAAAUGACUUUAGUCUGCGGGAAAGAGUACAUAUAGAUAACAAACAAGAAUGUUCCGAUGAAUUCACGAGGCCUUUAGUUUUGAACCCUUAAUCUUCUGGAAAUAGAGCAGUAUGUCCCAGAAUAAACAUGGAGAGAAACGGAGGCUUUCCAAAUGGUUGGACUAUGGCAGUAUCAAUGGAGAAGGACAGACGGAUCCAUGUCCUACCUGUCAGGGCACAGGACGCAUCCCGAGAGGUCAGGAGAACCAACUUGUGGCAGUCAUUCCUUGUAGCGACCAAAGGCUGAAACCUCACCACACGAAACUGUAUAUGUUUAUAUCAGUGGGGAUUUGCCUCUUGAUCUGCUCACUGAUCCUGUUUUUCCUCUUCCCACGGAGUAUGGAUUUGUCAGCUGUGGAACUAAAGUCAUCUAUGGUCUAUUUCACUCCGGAUAAAGUACAAAUGGUGAUCACGCAUGAAAUGAACCUUACCAACCAAAACUUUGUCAGCAUCACAGCUGCUAAUCUUAGUGUGCAAUCAUUCAUUUUUGAGAUGGUGGUUGGAAACAAGAAGUACCCCAAUGUCACCAUACUGCCUCCUCGAUCACAGAAAAGGAUUAAAGUUAUAGCCGACAUUGUUAUUGAGGACUCUGGUCUUAAUAAUUACUGCAAGUCAUCUUCCAUUCGGAUUCACACCUUAUUCUUGCAUUUGCAACUGACUAUCAAAGUCUCCUACCUGUCUCAUUCAGAGCAGAUGUCUACGGAUGCCUAUGAGUAUAUUGACUGUGGCGUGAAUUCAACUGUGCCUCACUUCCCUCUGCUUUGAGACAAAACCACUGCCAAUGUAACUGCCAAUGUACAGCCAUUAAUUUUUAUGUUAUAAUUAUCAGAAUAGGCUGCUUUCAAAAAUAUUGUCAUUUUAUGCUGUAGUCUGCUACAGUUCAUUUAAAUGGUUUUUGACUAUAAUAAUAGAAACAUAUGAUACAAUGUAAAUAUCACUGGAAUAAUGAAUGUGUGCCGUUAACUUGAACUAUUUUUCUUGUUUGUUGAUUUGUUAAUUAGUGUUUACAUUGUAUAAAUGUGUUUUAAAUUUUGCACAACACAAAAUUGCGCAUUAAAUGGCCGACGUUUUAUUUGUUGAGAAUUCUUAAGCAAAUCCAAUCAGAACUGUUAAAAACCCAGUUCUGUUUUAAUUAGGAUUUUGAAACCCAACAAUAAAGUCUGGUGUUUGAUGAAAUACACCUUGAUUUUG